UCGUUCGAUGUGUUUUAACACAGCAGAAAAAUUCUACCGAGGGUCAGGCCUUGAACUUCGCUUCGUUACACCCGAAUAGCAUCCCAAAGUAAACGUUAUUCUGCCAGCUCAUUACCUCUCUUUACAAUUUCAUUAACUUUAUAAACCACAAUCAAUGGAACAAUUAAGAGUUCGUGGUUUAUAGCUAUGCUCCUACCGCAGUCCACAGCGUUUUAAUUUUACUUGGAUAAAUUAAUGAAAAAGAGAAGCGGAUAUAGCACAGUGUGUUGCUUUACAUCCGCGUUCAUGUGAAGGGUAGUGGAAAUCUGCAGAAGAAUCGAUGAACUGCACACCGCCUCAUUUUAACUGACGUCACAGAUAAAUUCUCAUGUACGCGCAUUCCGCACACACCAGGAGAUAUAUUCAGCAGCACGAGUACAGAAGCACAUUCAAGGGCUUCGACAGUCACCGAUGCAGGGAAGUGGGCCCAAAGGAAAAGAAGUCACGCGGAGGUCCGGAAGGUCGCACACGCGCAAUGGGAAUUCUCGCCACUUCGAUCACAAAUGACUCCAUCAUUAGACCAGUGGGAUUUUACGUUAUCGGAUUUACGGCUUUAAAGUUUGCCGAUUUAUAUAUAGCUUUCCUCUGUUUCGUUUAUAUUGUAACGAUUUUGUUCAACUCUUUUAUAAUUUCCAUUAUAUGGAUGGAUCAUCGCCUACACACUCCAAAGUACAUCGCGGUUGCUAAUUUAGGGGUUGUUGACUUGAUGUGUAGUACAUCCUUUAUUCCUAAUGCGAUCAAGACUGUUGUCACGAAAGAUACCUUUAUGACCUACAAUGCAUGUUUGACACAGAAUUUUUUUUAUUACAGUUCUGUAUUACUAGAGUCAUUCUCCCUCGGUGUACUUGCCUACGACCGGUUAAUUGCGAUAUGCUUCCCACUGAGGCAGAGUUCCAUCAACACUCCCACAAGCAUGAUCAUAAUUCUAGCGAUUAUUUGGUCGUUUUGUGCCAGCGUCAUGCUGUUCCUGGUGUUGAUUUUGACAAAAUUGUCUUUUUGUGAUUCUCUCGUUGUGUACAACUAUGACUGUGAGUACGGAGCCCUGAUCAAUAUAUCGUGUAAUGAUAACACCCUGCAGUGGACCGUCGCUUCUAUUGCCAGCAUAUUUUGUUUUUUUGGGCCACUCAGUUUAAUCAUCGUGUCAUACGCCUGGAUUUUGAGAGUCGUUUUUAGAAUGAAAAAUGUGGAGAGCAGGUACAAAGCACUUGCAACGUGCACAGAACAUCUCAUCGUAGUGGCGGUUUUCUACGUGCCGACCUUAACGCUGUACAUCAUUGAACUUUUCAUAUUCCUCGUCGAUCCAAAUAUGAAAAUGGUGAACUUGUCCUUAGCCUCAUGCCUCCCGUCCUGUCUGAACCCCAUUGUGUAUUCCCUGGCAACCAAAGAAAUCAGGAAUAGAAUAUUGGCUAUGCUCCAGAAAGCCAAAGUAGCAGCGUGGACAGGGCAGGCGUAGAGCCAAAGCUUGCAGUAAAUGCACAUUUUUCAAAUGAAAAAUAUCAAUUCAUUUUUAGUCAUUUUCUCCCUUAGUCUCUUGUGUGCUUGUGUAAUAUUUUACAAUUGCAUCGUCAGUGAGACAUUUUUCUCAACUGACCAACCUGGUAAAAUAAAAGCAAUUCCAUUUCAUUUCUUUGAGAA